CGACGGAGGAAUUAUGGCGGGAAUGGAUACGCAGAAGCAGCUCCUCUCUCUGAUCCGUGACUUCACCUCCGAAAAAUCUCGAGGAGAGCAACGAGUGGUUGGAUUGAAGAAGCGGAUCGAGAAUCUUCGAUCAGAUCUUGAAGCAGCGAACACAAGACUUGAAGAUGCAAAGCGGAAUAAAGAAACGAGUGAGCAGGAACUCAACGGCUAUGAAGUUGAAUUGGCUUUGAACGAAUCUACGAUUCAAUCGCUAGAGGCCAGGAUUGCUCUUGUUCAGGAAGAAAUUUCUGCCGUUAGUAAAGAAGUUGAUGCUCUUAAGAAUGAAGAAAGCUUACUCAGAGAUCAGUUUAUAAGCCAAAUGUUUGGACUGAACAACGAAAUAAGGAAAUUUCAGAAAGCAGUAACUUCCAUUUUUGAGAGAGAUGAUGGUACUGACCUUACAACAGAAGGCAUCAAAGUUUUUCAGGAUGGCUGUAGAACCGCUUCAAGAACUGUUGAGGAUAUGCUAGCUGAUAUAAAUUCUCAACUAGAAAAGGAGGAAGAAGAAUACCUGGCAGAACAACAUAUACAGAAAGAGCUGCAGAUGGUGCUUGAUGAUUAUGAGAAGAAAUUCUCUCUCAUGGAGGCAAUAACAGAAAAAACAAAAUCAUUGCAGGAUCUCACAAGGCAGACUUCCGACUUGGAACAGAGGCUCGCUUCACUCAGUGAGGAGCUGCAAAAGAAAUGCAGAUGCCCACGUUGCCAAACUGAAAACUUAGAAGCUUUGAGCAAACUUCUUCAGGAAGAUCAAAGCGUGCUAGCAUAUUAGUUAGCCGACCAUAUUUGUGGUUCCUCGAAGAUGGAGGACUUACUCGUGUCCCAAGAUGGU